AUGGUAAGAGGCUUUAGCAUCAAAGUUCCAGCAUCAUCUGCUAACAUCGGUCCAGGUUACGAUGUAAUGGGUAUUGGUUUGAACCUUUAUCUAGAGUUAGAGGCUACAAUUGAUCCAUCCAAUGCUAGUGAAACAAAUAGCGAUGCUAAUAAUUGUAAGAUUUCAUAUAGUAAGGAUAGUGAAGGUUAUGACUCAGUUCCCCUAGCUUCUGAUGCCAAUUUAAUUACAAGAACAGCAUUGUACGUAUUACGUUGUAAUAAUAUUAGAAGUUUUCCUUCAGGUACCAAAGUUUUUAUCAAAAACCCAAUUCCGUUAGGUCGUGGUUUAGGUUCAUCUGGUGCAGCAGUUGUAGCUGGUGUUAUGUUAGGUAAUGAAGUUGGUAAGUUAGGUUUCUCCAAGCAAAGAAUGUUAGACUAUUGUUUGAUGAUCGAACGUCACCCUGACAAUAUUACUGCUGCGAUGAUGGGUGGUUUCUGUGGUUCUUUCUUGAGAGAUUUGACUCCUCAAGAAGUAGAAAGACGUGAAAUUCCAUUAUCAGAAGUGCUACCAGAACCAAGUGGAGGUGAAGAUACAGGUUUGGUUCCACCAUUGCCACCGUCAGACAUAGGUAGACAUGUUAAAUAUCAAUGGAAUCCAAAGAUUAAAUGUUUAGCUAUUAUUCCAAAUUUCGAACUUUCUACUGCUGAUUCUAGAGGUGUUUUACCAAAAGCAUACACAACUAGUGAUGUUGUAUUUAAUUUACAAAGAUUAGCUGUGUUAACCACUGCCUUGACAUUAGACCCACCAAACCCUGAGUUAAUCUACCCAGCUAUGCAAGAUCGUCUUCAUCAACCAUACAGAAAGACUCUUGUUCCAGGUUUAUCUGAUAUCUUAUCAAGUUUGACUCCCUCCACCUUCCCAGGUUUGUUAGGUAUCUGUUUAUCAGGAGCUGGCCCAACCAUUUUAGCUUUGGCCACUGAAAAUUUUGAAGAAAUUGCACAAGAAAUUAUUAAUAGAUUUGCCAAAAAUAAGGUAGAAUGCACAUGGAAAUUAUUGGAACCAGCUACCGAAGGUGCAGUUGUUGAAAAUCUAUAA